AUGACUGCUCUUGUACGUGCUGAACAUCUGGGUUCUCUGCUUCGGCCGCGAGAAUUGCUGGAAUAUCCCAACGUGGCCAGCGAACAGACAAAACGACAGCAACUGGAGGAUGACGAAAUCACCAAAGUGAUCGAGAAGCAGCUCGACUUGGGCUUUGCGUCCAUCACGGACGGUGAAUACAGACGGUCUUUAUUCUGGGGAUCUUUCUUCGAAGGCCUCGAAGGCUUCGACCAAGUGCCGUUUGACGAGAAGGUUCUCCGCACGUAUUUCCCCAGCAUCAAAGCCCUUUUGGAAUCCGGAUACCGUCCAGGAGGUUCGCUUUUGUGCACCGGCAAGAUCAAACAUCCGGGGACCAACAGCAGCCACCGUCGCGAAUUCGAAGCCUUGAAGAGAUUGGUGCCGACGGAGGAUAUUCCCAAGAUCAAAUUGACCAUUCCCGCUCCGAGUUGGUAUCAUAUGCGAUUUAAGCACGGCCAGGCAUAUCUCCCGGGUGUGUAUCCAUCGGAUAAAGAGUAUUUUGCCGAUUUGGCCGUGGUGUAUCAGACGGAGUUGCGUGAUUUAUAUGAUGCCGGGUUGAGACGCGUCCAAAUAGACGAUCCGCAGCUGUCUUAUUUCUGCUCUGACGAAAUCACUGAAAGCUGGCGAAAUGACCCGAUCGAUAAGGCCCAAGACCCCGACGAACUGCUUGAUGGGUACAUCCAAUGGUACAACCAGUGUUUGAGUCAAGUCCCACCCGACAUGCACAUCGGCAUUCACAUCUGUCGAGGCAACUUCACAGACGGUCGGUACUGGUCAAGCGGUGGCUAUGACCAGAUUGCCAGCAAGCUGUUCAAGUAUCUCAACGUCAACACCUACUACUUGGAGUACGAUUCCCCACGAGCAGGCGGUUUUGAACCUCUCGGCGACCUUCCUUUGGACAAGAAUGCCAUUCUGGGCGUAGUGACGACCAAGUCAGCAGAGUUGGAGGCAAUUGAAGAGCUUCGUGAGCGAGUCUUGGGAGCAGCGACUGUUAUUGCCAAGGGCAACAAUGUCUCUGUGGAGGAGGGACUGCAGCGGUUGGGAGUCAGUCCGCAAUGCGGGUUUGCGAGUCACUGUCGGGAGGAUCGUCUGACGAGGGAGGAGAUGUGGGCGAAACUGCAGCUGGUGCGGACAUUGGCUGAUUCGAUUUGGCCAGGGGAGGCUUGA